AUGGACCCUACUGCAAUGUCGAGAAUAAGCAUGAUCGUUGUGGGCCUUCCCGUAGAAAUACAAAACCAGCUUGAUAGAAAAGAAAUAACGACCAUUGAAAAACUGUUUAAAGAAUUAAAAAUUGAUGAAUGCGUCUUUAACAUCAGGCCGAAAUAUGAAAAUAAAUUUUUAGAUAAUGAAACUACAGUCAAAACAAAGAAACCAAAGUACAAUAUGGAAGUCAAGACAAAACUACUUUAUCAGCACAAUCAGAUACAUGAAAACGUAGACAAAGAAAUUUCAGUACCAAAAUACAAAACAGAAGCAAAGACAAUAAAAUUAUAA